AUGCGCAUCUUCUCAUCGAUGCAGAAGGUCUACACGACCGACACGGCCCCGGUCAACGCCUCGGAGGAUGUCGGGGUGGAAGGAAAGCGAUAUCCGACCCACGCGCUGGGUCGCUUCAUCGUCCAAUACCCCGCCCCAAUGCUGCUGACCCUCGUCCUGCCUUUUGUUUUCUUUGUGAUUGGUGGUGCGAAGCUUCAGUCAGGGCUCUCCUACUCGCUGGACGACUACCAGAUCCGUUCCACCAUCGGCGUGCGGCGGGACGCGUUGAGGGUGAACAGCGUGCUGAACGACUGGGCUUUCUUUCUCUCUGGUGCACACUGGCUGUCGGACAGCGUCGACUUAUCUCACCCGCGGACGUCUGUGCAGGACACGCUGGAGCUGCGCGCCGUUAUCAACCUCCAAGACCUCAUGGAGUACGCAAAGAAGGUGGGCUGGUCCCCCGAAACGCGUGAUGCACACGCCAAUCUGCUGAACCCGGACCUCUUUGAGAUCUACCGCGCAGCGGAGCAGUACGUCACGGAGCUGGACGGUUACGAGGGCGUGUGCUUCACGAAUGACCUGCGCAAUGGCCAAAUCAACAGCAUCUAUCCCACGUGCACGCCUGUAUCCAGCGUGACGCAGUAUAUCUAUCCAUCCUGGAACGGACUGGAGUGGUUCAUGAACGGCAGCGGGACUGUGUUCCAGCUAGACUACAUGCAGCGCCUCUUUGCGAACCCGAGCUACGGGUGGUUCUUCGACAACAACUUCUCGACCCUGAACCAGAGGGCGCUGCAGCUGCGCUCGCAGUAUACGUUUGCGUCGUCGUGGUCGGAGUCAAAGGCUUUGUACCGGAAGCGUGUGAAGCGGUUCCUGCCUCGUGCGAUGAACUUCGUUAACAGCGGGCAAGCUGUUUCGCUGCCGUUCGUGGAGUUCCACCUCGGCGGUGGGUCAUCACAGGACAUCCUGAUGGAGAUCGCUGGGGAGCGGGAGGGGUACAAGGUGGGCGUUGCUGCAGUGAUCUGCUUCUUGCUAAGCUGGUGGCACUGCCGGACGUUCAUUGUCGGGCUGUACACGGCUGCAGAGGCUGUGUUUGCGUACAUGGCUGCCGUUGGGCUGUACGCGCUCAUCUACCGGACGCUGCCGCUGACGACGUACUCCGCGAUCAUCUGGGUGAUGACAUUCUGUAUGCACGGGACACUGAGCUUCUACGACAUGUUUGUGUUCAGCGGGAUCAUGGCGACGAAGGGACGACAGAACAACCUAAGCGUGGUGCAGCGGCUGUGCUUCACGAUGCGGCGCAUCUCCGUUGGCGUGUGGAUUGCAGACGCGCUGGCGAUAAUCAUCUUCGCGGUCAACACGACGUCCCUGUUCCUCUGUGUGGAGCAGUUCAGCGUGUUCAUGAUCAUCGCGCUGCUGUGGAACAUGUACUGCAUCGCGCUGCCCACCCCUGCGCUGAUUGUGGUGCACCAUUUGUACGUCUCGAACCAGCGGCGCAACCUGCAGAAGCAGAGCGACGUGCUGAAGGAUGCGCUGCUCGGGUGCCGGCGGUCUGGACACCUUGUGCGUGUGCUGGAGGUCGUGCAGGACAACAUAGCCGACGGCGAGCGUGCGUACCGGAUGGAGGAGGACCUGGUCCGCCAGCGCAUCGGCGAGGACUUCGGGAUCAACAGAAAGAGAUACGGUGGCCCGCUGGACUUCCUGCGGCAGCAGGUGCGUGAGGGGCGCGACAAGGUUCGCGCUGCGCGGCGCGACGUCGUUGGAGCUCUACACAAGGCUCAGAAGGCGAAGGACCGCGUUGUGAAGAGCGUCGACAUGCGCGACGGCAUGGGGCUGCCGUCCUUCUCGUUACAGGAUUUCCUGGAGAUCGGCGACGCGAACCCGCUUGCGGAGGAGACUGGUGUGGGCCCCUACAGGCUGCCGUUGUACUACAACCCGCGCAUGGUGCUUCCAUCGGACCUGGUCCACAUCCCUGCGGUGUACGUUGAGCGCAGCGAGGAAUGCUGGAGUGGCAUGUGUGAUGCCCUGGGGCUACACGCACGCGCGAGUGACGGUGAGGUUAUCCCGCCGCGGGCGUACAGUCUGAGGAAUCAAGGCACCAGCUCUGCUGAGGUGAGUGCGUUUGCUGAUUGGUGGCGCGAGCUGGGCACGCGGCUUGGCGUGGAGACGACCUCAAACAACCGCAGCGCUGAGCUAGUGCCGUUUGCGGUCCGAAAUGCGGUGCGCGCACAGGACCCGACAAUGGUGGUGGACGCGUGCGCGAGUGCCCGUCGUGGCGCGCACAAAGGCGGCGCUGCUGGUGGUGGUGGUGGUGGUGGUUGGGCUUCGCCGCGCGCGACUGGAGGCCCAUCUGGAAUGGGCCUUGGGAAGCUGCGCUACCGCUUGGCGCACCGCGCGGAUUUGCCCCGUUUGUGGUGCUGCGGGCUGUUUGGCCGUGUCGCGGACGAGACGCCUGAGCAGCGGGUGCGGAGGCUGAUGGCACGCAAAGUGAAGCGCGAUGUCUACUCGCUGUUCGAGCUCUUCCUGCUGCAGUACUACCUGCCGGCGAUCUACUAUGUGCGCUACGCGCUGCUCGCGCUACUGGUGGUGCUAUUCAUUGUGGUGUGCAUGCUGGGCUGUCGCAUUGCUGUGGCCGGACUGCCCAACACGCUGUUGGUGGAUCAACGCAGUAUCGCAGACACGUUUGCAGCGAUGGACGACACCUUUGGCCAGCGUGGCAGCUGCACGUUCUGUGGCCCGUACUACCGAUCGCCGCAGGACUACCGUCAGGCAACAAUCACAGACAUCGCGGCAUGCUCGGUGGAUUAUGGUGUGCAGAUGAACCUGUACGCGGAUAGCUGCGGCGCGUGCAACGGAACGGACGCGUGCGUGGACUGCGCUGGAACUGCGCACGGAGCAGCCGCACUGAAUGACUGCGGCGGGUGUGCUGUUGCUGGAUCGUCUGCUGCGGCGCCGUGCACAUGCCCUUUAACGCGCGACUGCCAGUACUGCGAGUGGGCUCUGGGCAAGGGCAGCGCCGGUGGGGGGUCAUGCAGCGUGACGUGCGAUGCUAGCACGUGCGGGAGAAACGGCAAGUGCGACCAGUACACAGGGACGUGCGUCUGCAGUGCGGGCUUCACGGGAGCCGCGUGCAACGAGUGCGAGGCAUGGCUGCUGCCUGCUGCAUUGAACCCCGGGUGCGCACUGGAGUGCAACGCGGCGAUGAACUCUGCGGCAUGCGACUGCGACGCGAGCAGUGGGCGAUGCCGGUCGUGCCCAGCGGGGACGCGCGGGUAUGACUGCUCGCAGCCAUCGGUGGACUGCCAUAGUCACGGAACGUUCGACCCUGCGACGGCGACGUGUACGUGCUCGAGCGGGUGGACGGGGGCGUUCUGCAACGUGUCGAGCGUGUGCAGCGGACGCGGCGUGCUGCUGUCUGCUGCGGACUCACCGACUGGGUCCGAAAUGUGCGGCUGCUUGGGGCACUGGCGCGGCAGGACGUGCCAGCUGUGCGACUGCAUCAACGGUGGAAUGUGCAACGCCGUGACGGGGAAGUGCGAGUGCGUGGGCGCCUUUACGGGGCCGCGGUGCGAGACGUGCGCGGCGAACUGUACGCUGCGCGGCACGUGCCCUGACGUGUCGACGCCGGACUAUGCGCUUUGGAAUGUGCGGGCAUGCAUCCCCAAUGCGUGCAGUGAGGCUGACGUACAGUCGGAGACGAUGUGCCGCGCCUGCUCACCGACACAGAUGGUACCCGUCGGCGCGUGCAAGGCGGCGUCUAAGGAGUCGUGCAUGGCCAUGUCGGAUUGCUGGUGGUAUAUGGAUGGCAACGUCGCGCCGUACUGCGGCAUGGCGCGGCAAGUGAGCGACGUCACGGCGCUCAGCUGCACUUGCCGGUACCCAAAGGUCUGGUCUGGCCCGACCUGCGGGUCUUGCCCUGCACCGGCUGGCGCGACAUGCCUGGACGACGGGAUCGUGUUGGGCUGCAACAGAUUGGCGUACACAUCGCUGAGCUCCGUCGUGAGCAUCGAUAGCUGCGGCGUGUGCGGCGGUGAUGGCUUGUGUCGGGGCUGCGAUGGCGUUCCUGGCAGCGGCGCGACAUACGACGCGUGUGGCGUGUGCGGCGGCAACAGCACAUGCAGUGGCGCGACGGCGGCGAUGCCGAUGUACGUGGAAUAUCUGUUUGACCUCACGAAGGUGCCUCGGAUCCUCAACAAUGCGGCCUGGUGCAAGGUGGUGGCUUCCAUCGCUGCCAACAUUCGGCGGUUGGACAGCGCUGGCUCGCAGAUGCGGACGGUGCUGGAGGACUACCUCGCUAACGACGCGAGCUAUGAGCUGACAUCUCUCCAAGACUUCUACAACUACGCCAAGGAGAACGGCCGGCUGAGCGAGGCGGUCUUCACGCUCAGCUACAACGGCGAACCACUGAUGCUGCAGCAGAUACUGUACCGCGUAGAGAGCACACUCGCCACCAACCAGAGCUCACCUUCGCGGGUGGUGGCGGCGUACUACUGGAUAUCUCGGGACAUCAUCGCCCCCUUCCAGUCACUUGCUCAAGCAAGUGGUAUCACCGUGUACUACACGUCGACCCUGUUCCAGCCGGCAGUGGCGAGGGUUGGCGCGCUGCAGAGCCUGUGGUUCGCGGUCGGCAUCGGUCUGGCGGUGACGUUCGUGCUCCUACUCACGUACUACGUGAGCCUGACGACAGCGGUGGCGGCGACGAUAGUGGCUGCGAUCGUGUGCUUCGGGUCGCUGACGGUGUGCGCGGUCUUCGACUGGGAUGUGGACGCUGUGCUUCAGGUGUGCAUCAGCUGCACUGUACCGAUAAGCGUGGAGUACGUGGUGCACUUCUGCAGCGGGUACUUCGACUACCUGCAGACGACGACGUCACACCUGUUUGCGCGCGACGUGACGCGGCGGACUGCUGUGCAGGGUGCGCUGCUGCGGUCUGCCCCUGCUGUGUGCACAUCUGUCGUGUGCGUGAUCGUUGUGUCGACUAUGUUCGGUGUGUCGAGCCUGGUGCCAUUACGGCGCGCGGGGCAGGUGAGCAUCACACUGCACCUGCUGGUGCUGCUUGCCGGUGUGCUCUUCACUGGCGCUGUUGCCGCUCUAGGGCCGAUGAGCGUGUACCAGCACUGGACGCUCUCAGCCGCAAUCUGCAUUGUUUGUGCUGCGCUUGCCGCGCUUGCGGUGCUGGUCAUGUACGGCGUGCAUGGAGUGCUCGGGCCGCACGGCAACAUGAUCCUGACGCGCUGA